GUGACCCGAUUUUGCCAAGCCACUACUAUUCACCCAAGAAAAUGUCCACUAUCCAAUCCGAUCAAUCAAACUUCAACUUCACCCCACCAACCCCCACUAGCAACCGCUACCACUCAACUAAACAACCCACAAAGGGGGAAAAACCCCAAUUCCAUAAUGCGCCGAAAGCUCUACGUCCUACGGAAAUCCGUACCUCCCUCCCCUCCAAUUCCUCCGCUCCCUCCACAUCGUCAACACCCAGCUAACCCUCACGAAAAAAACAGAAACUCCGCCAAUCAUGGUCCAAGUACGUCCUGUACAACAUGUCCCGCGCACCCCAGCCGCGCAUACCCUCGCAGAAGACCUUCUUCCAGCAAAAGUGGGCGGCAAAGGCAGAGGUGCGCCAUUAUCACGGGGAACACCUGACGAACCGGCAAUGGCAGAACAUCUUCCGCCAUACGAUGAAGGCGAGUGUGCCGAUGCAGAACGUGCGGCUGGCACUGCACAACGGUAGCGAGAUGGCGAUGGGCAGGGGUAGUGGACUGCAGGGUGAUGAGGGUUAUGGGAGGGUGAAGACUGUGCCGUACAUGAGUCAGUUGUUCUGGCCCAUGGAGAGGAGGCUCGACAUGGCCGUGCAUAGGGCUAUGUUUGCGAGCAGUGCGAGGCAGGCGAGGCAAUUUGUCGUGCACGGGUUUGUGAAGGUUAAUGGGAAGAAGGUAUGUCCCCUCGGGCUUUCCCAUGGAGGAAAGGAGAGAGAGAGGAGGGGGGGGGUUGAUUGGAUUUGUGUAGAUGGUGCACCCAGGGUAUAUGCUCAACCCCGGAGAUAUGUUCUCUGUCGACCAAGACCAAGUCCUUUUCGCGACCGGGCAGCCAAAACGUGAUCUUAAGAACGCCGAGGGCGUAGCAGCGGAAACCGACGCCACCGAGGGAGAAGAAAAGACCGAGGGAGAGGGAGGCAAGGUCAAAGCCGAAGCUAAGGAAGGGGAAGCCGUAGGAGACACGGAAGCCAAGUCUGUGGAAAAGGAAACGGAAGAACCAUCACCAUCACCAUCACCUAGCGAGAGCAAGCAAGCCUCGACCGAGGGAGAGACAGAGGAAGAGAUUAGGCGUAGAGAGGCCAAAGAGAAACUCAAAGCUUUGAGCCAGGACCCGAAUAACGUCUUGGACCUAACUAAGCCUUAUGCCACGCCUUGGAGGCCGAGGAACUAUCUGGCGCCUUUCGCGUUCAUUCCGAGAUAUCUCGAGGUAUCGGAUAGCUAGUUUUGUGCCUGGGUGGGAUUUUUGACUAACAGAUUUAGGUCAACCACAAUACAUGCCAUGCCGUGUAUCUCCGGCACCCAGUUGCUAAACCUGGAUUGGCCGAAGUAGGACUAUCUUCCCCCUCAAAUACAGUACCGAGUUUUCAUAUCUAACAAUGCCUUUCUGCAGGCACCGUCUCCCUACCCCGAAGAAGUCCUGCAAAUGGCAUUCGCCUGGUAUCUAAGGAGGCGAUAGAUGUACAUGUUUCAAUUAUUCAGCCAUUUCACAAAAA